AUGGCACAGUUCUGUAAUGUUGAACAGGAUUUCCGAAUUUUUUUCCCACAAUCAGCAGAUAAGUUAUUCCUCACAUGGCCGAAAUUUUGCAGACAUGUCCUGAACUAUGCUGAAAAGCAGGUGGAUUGGAGGCUAUACCUUAACUUCAAAGGUGCUGUUGAAACAGAUGAACAGGAGGUAAACUUAUCUCUGCAGGUGUUGCCUAUGCUGUUUCCACCGGGAAAGAAGAAAGGGGCAAAAGGGAGAAGUGGUUCUUCAACGAUGGAUGAAGCCCGCAAGGCAUUCGUGCAGCGCAAAGAGAUUGGUACAAACAUACCAGGCUUCUUGGACCAGAAGACUCAAACACAACCGUUUGUGUUAAUUCUAGGUGAAAUUGACAAACCAGAACAAGUGUCUGUUGUUGUGGAAAAUAGCACCAUCCCAUGUACAAGUCUCCUGAAAGGAAUUGAUAUAUGCAUGAAACUAGUGUAUAUCCUUGAUAUGGAUUAUGCUUGGCAAUGUCAACAUGUUUGGGACUUUCUGCAGAAGAAUGUUUACAAACUUGGGCAGGUGAAAGGUAGAGGUACCUCAGUUCCAGCAGUAACACUUCUCAAAACCUAUCUAGAAAACAAGGUAAAAGAAUAUUUAGGGAGGCAUGUUUGUACAACACAUUUAGGUGAAUUUGUGUAUUUAAGCCUAAUGGAUGUACCUAUAGUGUUCUGAUUUUUGUAGCUUUAAGAAGUGGUAAUCUUUGAUAGGUAAAUAACUUGCAUCAUUUGUGAAGACAAAUCCAUGCACUCACAGUUAGUGAUUUGUUGAUACUUUCUUAACCAGACAGCAAUUACAACCAACAUCAAAGUAGGAGUGCAUUGAUUUGUCUAAUUUUAAUUUCAGUGCCACAAUGUUUGGGAUUUCUUAAUUGCAAACGAAUGUAUACACACUGUGGCAGGGGAAAGGCAGAUGUACCUCAGUGCCAGCAGUAACGCGUCUUGUAGAAAACAAAGUAGAAGAAUGAUAUGAAAGUAGGCUUUUUCUUUUAAGAAAUGAAUGUUGUGCUACAAACACCACUUCUCAAUAUAUUCAGGUAUGCUGUAGGUGUGCAUUUUGUAUCUAACUGUGUAUAAUUUUACCAAAUUUAGGUGUGCUGAAAAUCGCACACCUCAAGACUAUUUUAGGUGUGCUAUCGAACUUGUACGCCUCAAAUGAAAAAGCCUGAUGAAAGUUUAAACUUCAACAAGUACUACAUAAGUACGCUCACCUGGAACAUUUUCACUAGUCCAACAUAGUAGCGCAGUGAUACCUGUCUAAAAACGGCAACCUCAUCUGGUAUAACAUCAUAAAAGAUUACAUCAUGAAAACAUUACAAUGUUGCUCCACCUGGCCCCUUGGGUAAGAGAAAAUUGAAAAGAUGUACAUAUUGUUUUUUGUAUGAUGUCAUACCAGUUGUAGACAGGUAUCACAGCACAUCUGUCUGCAGAAGAUUAGCGUAAAACUUAUUAACUAGUGUUGAAGUUCAAACUUCGUAUUAUGUUAAAUAUCACUACGUAUGAAUAUCUACUCGUAUAUAAGAUUAUAAAAAGUGUAGGAAGGCAUAUCUUUUCGCAGCACAUUUAUGUGAUUUAUCUUUUAAAAACUAAUGGAUGCUUGUCAGUGCCAACAUGUUUGGGAUUUUUUACUGGGCAGGGAAAAGACAGCGGUACCUCAGUGCCAGUAGUAACAGCCUAUAUAUAGAAACGAGGUAAAGAGGUUAAAGUGCGUAGCCUACUGGGUUGUAUAUAUGUGUUAGGGUUUUUGUAGCUUUAGAAGUAUUCAUCAUAAAUAGGUAAAUAACAUGAAAUAACAGAGAGAAAUGUGGAGGCAAGCAUAUUGUGCAAAUGCCAACAUUUAAAGAAGGAGUGCAACCAAAAGUAACAAGUUUUGUUUACCAGCAUAAGUAGACAAAACUUGUUUUCAUUUGAAAAUUGGGCUGGAAGUAUUAAAGAAGCGAGUAUUGGACCAUUCUCAUAACUGGCAAGUUCAAAAGAACAAUUUUUUUUCUAAAAAUCUCACAAUAUUGCUUGAAAUUGUUGUACAGAUGUAUAGAUACAGAUUCAUUUUUUUUUUCAGAUUGGUCAAGUUCAGUGAAUUAAGGGUGAAAAUCAAUCACAAAAGUCAACAAUUUUCUUGUGCAAUAAUGUUCUUGCACCCAAACCCCUACUUGUGAAGUCAAGUGGGUAAGUCAUUCAAGUUGUAUUUUUAAGGAGGUAGGGCAACCAAAACAAAAAUUUAGCAUGUUUUAUGCGCUGUCUCAAAAUAUCACCUCUUUUUUUUUAGAAAAAUGAGAUAUGCAUCUUAAAGCAAAUUAUCUGAAAACCUAAAAAUGACAUUGAUAUUCAUAUUCAGGCCAAAUCAGUGAUUUUUUUGAAAAAACUCACGUGAUUUAAAUUGUGAUUUAAAUCAUGAUUUAAAUCGACAUGAUUUAAAUCAAACAACCCUGGAUGGGUUCUUCAUGAGAAGUAGAUUACAAAUUUCUCAGGAUGGCAAUUGAAAGUUUACAUUGCUCACACCAAAGAGAAACCAUAAAUUCUAAAUUUAAAGACACUUUUAAAAAUGCAGCUGUUGAAUGCCAGUACAUCAGGACUCAAACCAGAGAAACCGUUCGAUUUUGUCGCCGCCUCAGAAAAAAUAUCUCAAACUUUUAACAUUUUAACAUUUAAAAAAUGUUAACAUUUUAACAUUUAAAAAAUGUUAACAUUUUAACAUUUAAAAAAUGUUAAAAUUUUAACAUUAAAAUUUAUCAUUUUAACAUUUAAAAAAUGCAAAAUCUGGUUUUAGCUAAUCUCAAGCAUGUAACUUAAUACAACCUAUUCCUUUGUCCUUAAAGGGCAAGUCCACCACAACAAAAAGUUGAUUUGAAUAAAAAGAAAAAUAUCAAACCAGCAUAACGCUGAAAAUUUCAUCAAAAUUGGAUUUAAAAUAAGAAAGUUAUGACAUUUUAAAGUUUCGCAUAAUUUCACAAAACAGUUUUAUGCACAUCCUGGUCAGUAUGCAAAUGAGGGAACUGAUGAGGUCAUCCACUCGCUAUUUCUUUUGUAUUUUUAUUAUAUGAAAUAUGAAAUAUCGUAAUUUUUUUCUAUAUUACAAGUUUUAAAAGGGCUUGACUCCUUCCUGAACAUGUGGGGAAUCCACUUCUGCAACAUACUGCGAUUAAACAAAGAGCUCCCUUAUUGACAAAACUACAAAAUUUGAAAAUAUUCUAUAUUUCAUAUAAUAAAAUACAAAAGAAAUAGUGAGUGGGUGACGUCAUCGGUCCAUGCUGAUCAGGAUGUGCAUAUAACUGUUUUGUGAAAUUAAGCAAACUUUAAAAUUUCAUAACUUUCUUAUUUCAAAUCUGAUUUUGAUGAAAUUUUCAGCGUUAUGCUUGUUUAAUUUUUUUCUUUUGAUUCAAAUGAAAUUUUUGUUGGGGUCGACUUGCCCUUUAAAAGGAGAUGUUAACCUAGAGCUGUGAAUGCUUUGUAUACCAGAUUUAGCUCGAGAAUUGCAAACCCUAUUUUUGUGGAAACAAGUCUUACUAUGAGAAAGCUUUACAAUGGCUUAAAGGCAUUGGUCAACAUGGUGUUCAAUUUUAAAAAUCUGAGCUGCAUGUUCUUACAUGUAUGCUAUCAGGAUGUCUAUUGGAAUAAAGAAAUGAACUUGAGGGGGGGAUGCUUGAAGUUUUAUCAUUUACAGAAAAAACUUUUAAAAAUUGAAUAACUUUAACUUAUCAUCCCAUGACUACUGUGCAGGAAUUAUUGUCUUACGCUACAUAAUAAACAUAAUGUUCAUAGAUGUCUUGAUAGUGAAUAUGUGACUUUCUUUUGUUUUUACUUAUGUAAUAUACCUUUCUAUAAUUUGUUAUGUUUUUUAUAUUGUUAAUGUUAUCAAUUCCUGAAUUUGGUGUUGCAAUAAAAUGUGUUAUAUGUGAAAGCUAACACUGAUGAUUCUCCUGUUUUCUUUAUGUGUGUAUGACAAUGAUUCUAUUCAUUUUGAACAGGAUUCUAUUCAUUCUUGAAUAGAAAGACUACUCAUUCUUGAAUAGGAAUACUAUUUAACUUUGAAUAGGGUAUAUUCCAAUUUAACAAGAGGAUGAAACUGAUUCUAUUCAUUUUUAAUAGGAUUCUAUUCAUUCUUGAAUAGGAAAACUAUUUAACUUUGAAUAGAAUACAUAUUCAUUUAUUUGAAUAGAUUUUCCUCUUCAUUUUGAAGAGAACCUUGUAAGUGUCCCUCGGAAGAGGUUUUCUAUUCAUAUCUGAAUAGAUUCUAUUAAAAAAUGAAGAGGUUUUUUUUAG